AUGCCCCAAUAUGAGGACAGCAACGCGAACGGGCUUACAGGAAGGCAGCCCUGCCCUUAUAUAUAUACCUACGCCAACACUGGUCGGAACAAGGGCAAGAGCAAGCUAGUUGCUUCGUGGCGAGAACCGAGCGCGCUGCACGAAAGCGCCAAACGCGACGGAUAUAAUAGCACUGCAACUACUACCUCUGAGACCGCUUCGCGCUCAUCCGCGACUAAGCGCCAACCUUCCAGCGGCGGAUAUGCGAACAAAGGAGGACCUGUGCUUACAUCUCUGACCUCCUCAAUCCGUAUCUCGGAUAAGUUCAGCCAGAAGCAUCGCAAUCCCCCGGCAUCUGCGCCUCUCAUUCUACCCCUGCCUAAUUCGACGGCUCCAUCUCCCCACAGGAUGGUCAGGACCUACCACUGCCACGGUCCGCCCGGCCCUGCUCUUAUAUAUAUACUUCGCCAGACGGCCUCAUGCCAUGCAGGCUCCGGUCCGCGUCGUCGUGACAAGGCCUUCUUGCCAAAACACGUUCGAGGCUAUGUUUCUCGGGGCAGCCUUGUCACUCCCGUCAUCUAUAUAUUCUGUUCGCUAUACUAA